CAUCUCACGCGUCGUCCAUGGUCAUCACGCUGGGGUUGCACUCAUCCGAAUGUACCUCCAGAUCGCCAACUUGGAACUGUCAUAACCAAUUCCCAGGGUGUACGACUUCUUCCAAAAGACGACUAUUUUCUGGAAGGAUCACCUGACUGUAACAAACUCCAUUACAGCCUUCCAGGUCAAACCGCUGACUCACUAGAGCUGCUGUUUGAUAAUUUUUCCACUCCUUUGCAUGUAUCAGUAGGGGACGAAUUCCAGAUAUGGUUCACAGAAGAUUUAUAUAAAUGUGGACACUUGGAUAAUGGGUCGGGAAAGACUUGUGUUUUAAUAUUUGGAUUAUUUGUUUAA